CGUACAAAUAUUGGGAUGUGGUUACUCAUGAAAAAUCAUCUCUGAGUUAACAGUGAUCAGUUACUGUGUCUCUCUGGCUAUCAAAAUGUUAGCUGUCACAUCCUAUUGUAUCACUUGAAAUUUCUGACACAAGUUUGCAAUUACCAAACAUUAACUCAUUAACUCACAUGUUUCCAGUGUUAUUUCUCAUCAAACUGGGCGUGAUGCACUUUUGGAUAUUCAGCUUCCUCUCAUGUCUAAUAGCAGGGGCUGCAGCAGCUGAAACAAGAAAAUGCGAUCCCAUUCAGGCAAGAGCUGGAGACAGUGUUAAGCUGCCGUGUAAAUAUACCCCAAGAUCACGUCAGAAUGACUACCUGGACAUUGAGUGGGCACUCAGAAGUGCAAACGUGAAUGGGUCUGAUAAAGUGAUCUUGACACUCUCAGGUGGACAGGUUUAUGUGACUCCUGGCUGGCAGCAGAGAAUCGCCUUUAUUUCCAGCAACUGCACUGAGGGUGAUGCGUCACUAUGUUUUAAGGGAUUGGCUGUGAAUGACAGUGGAAUCUACAACUGCAAAGUGAAGGUUGGAGGCGAGAUCUAUCAAACAGCUUGUAAUUUGACUGUGCGAGAUAAUACAAAAACUGCAGAAACCACAUCUGUCCCUCCAAGAAAUCAGGAAACUCAACAGAGUGUAACAGGGCAAAAGACUGUGCAACAGAACACCACCAAUGCAAGUGAAAAUUCAACAUCAGCAACAAAAGACCCUUCAGCUAAGAAUUAUUUCUACGUGAUGUGUGUUGGAAUUGGUUUUGGCAUACCAGGCUUCAUCAUUUUAGUUACAUACUUAAAAUGCAAACCAAAUGCUACAUGUGUACACAGUUCUAUGGCAGAUGUGAGUACUGUACAACAAUCAGAGGAUUUCUCAUCUCAGGGAAAUGUGCAGCAGAACCUUUUAAGGGUAUCUGACGAAGAUACCAUUUACUCCAUUGUACAGCCAACCAGCAAAAACACUGUAAAGUUUACAGCACAGGCUCAAGAUCAGGACAUUGUAUAUUCCAAAAUCCAGAUACUCAAUGCAAGACAGAAUUGUAAUGAAAAUAUUAUCUCUGCUCCAGUACAGAACAUUGAAACAGCAUCUCAGCUUGACACAGUAAUGCAGCAGAAUCCAGAUGUUGUAUAUGCCAAAAUAAUAAAAAACGACAAUGUGGCUUCAGUAUGAUACAGCGAGGAAGCACAAUUCAGACUUGGUAACAACGCAACAGACGGUUACAGAUCAGAAUAACCAAAAUCAGCGAAAUGUCCUGUCAUAAGAUUCCCCAUUUGCAAAAUGAGAAUGAUCAGCAGAUGAUUUAACUUGUAGUUAUGAGCUCACUGCCAAGAUUUUCAGGGCAACAGGGGGAAUGGUGAGAUAGCUAUUUCAAAUGACCUGCACUGCCACAAUGGGCUGAAUGGCCUCCUUUGUGUUGUAUCAUUCCAUGUAGAGCAGAGCUGAUUUGCUAAAAUGCUGCCCUGCAAAAGAGCAGAGUGGGAGUUUCACAACAAUCACUGGGCGACCCUGAAUAAAGUCUUCCCAAUGUCUGAUUCUGCCCAUAAAGUGCUCUGUCAGCUACUGCCAUCAGGUGGAAAAUUGUUAUUCAGACAUUGUGGAUGGAUUUGUGCUUCAGUUAAAUGAGGUGUCGCACCAGAAGCACAGCCUUGGAAAAUUACCCAACUGACUGCAAUAGACGCAGUUUGAAUCAAUAUAUAAUUUCUCCAAACUAGGUUAACCAGUCCCACCUAAAUGCAUCAUCAGAGUGGGACUGACUGGAGUGUAUUAACCUUUAUCAUGUAUAUAUACAAGAAUUUCUUACCAUUUUCAGUCGAUAAUGCAUGCAAAAUAAAUCCGAUGAGUUGACAGUUUCUCAGAGAAAAUAUUGUGAAAAAUAUCUGCAAAAAUCAAAUUCUA